ACACAACAGAGAGUCAGAGAGAGUGGCAGUGAGCAGAGGGCUGGUGGUAGCUGGCGGAGGAAGUGAGAAGAAGAUGGGGACUUUAGGACGAGCAAUAUACACCGUCGGAUUCUGGAUUCGGGAGACGGGCCAGGCCAUUGAUCGCCUCGGCAGCAGCCUCCAGGGCAGCUACUACUUCAAAGAGCAGCUGUCUCGACAUAGAACUCUGAUGAACGUAUUCGAUAAAGCUCCUGUGGUUGACAAAGAUGUGUUUGUGGCACCAAGUGCCUCCGUCAUUGGCGAUGUUCAAGUGGGAAGAGGGUCUUCCAUUUGGUAUGGAUGUGUUUUGAGAGGUGAUGUGAACAACAUCGUUGUUGGAUCUGGAACGAACAUACAGGACAACUCCCUUGUUCAUGUGGCGAAGUCUAAUUUAAGCGGGAAGGCGUUACCCACUAUUAUUGGAGACAAUGUUACUGUAGGUCACAGUGCCGUUAUACAUGGCUGUACUGUUGAGGAUGAGGCCUUUGUUGGUAUGGGAGCCACUCUUCUUGAUGGUGUCGUUGUUGAGAAACAUGCCAUGGUAGCUGCUGGAUCCCUGGUGAGACAGAAUACAAGGAUCCCUAGUGGAGAGGUAUGGGCAGGAAACCCAGCAAAAUUCCUGAGGAAGCUCACAGAUGAAGAAAAAGCCUUCAUCUCCCAGUCAGCCACCAAUUACACUAACCUUGCACAAGUCCAUGCAGCUGAGAAUGUGAAGUCGUUUGAUGAGAUUGAGUUUGAGAAGGCCCUCCGCAAGAAGUAUGCACAUAAGGAUGAGGAGUACGACUCAAUGCUGGGUGUUGUUCGUGAGAUUCCCCCAGAACUUAUUCUUCCCGAUAAUGUAUUACCAGAUAAAGCAGCAAAGGACCUAAAAUAAUUUUGUAAGUUGUUUUAGUUUUCUCCUCCUUUUUAACUCGAAUCUUGAGAGAUUUGGGGCACCAAGAAAUAUUUGUUGUUAAGCACAAAUACAUGGAAGGGUAUCAUUUCCUUUCCCAAUAAUAGCCGGUUUUAGGGCAGAACUAUGAAUCUUUCUAGCCAACGGAUCUACAGAAACUAUAUUUUCUGCUCCGGCGGUUUGUAUGUUGAUGAUGUUCUUUUGUAUCCAAGGUACCUAAUUUCUUGA